AUGCCCGUCGACAGCCAAGUUCCCGAUUUCCUCGUCCGUCUCUGGGAGCUCCUCACCUUCUGGCGAUACCCUCCUCCGGCGAUACCGACCAUGCGUCUUAAGCCUGCGGGCGACGAUGGCGACAAUGCACUGAUGAUGCAGUUCUUUACAUGGGAGGCUACCCACCCAGAGAUGAGCUGGUGGAGGCAUUUCGAGACCGAAGUGCCUACUCUUGCGGCCAUGGGCAUCACCCAGGUCUGGCUGCCCCCUCCAAACAAGGCGAUGAGGAAGCAAGGACAGGGCUAUGACGCGUACGAUCUGUGGGAUCUCGGCGAGUUCUACCAGAAGAGUACAAUCCCGACCAGGUGGGGCACCAAGGAGGAACUCGUCCGCGCAGUUGCUGCCGCGCGCGCUCACGGGAUCGAUGUCCUUGUAGACGCUGUGCUCAACCACAAGCUUGGCGCGGAUAGACCGGAGAAGUUCAUGGCCACCAUGGUUGACCCUGACAAUCGCCUCGUAGACCUGGGUCCGCCCAAGGAGAUAGAGGCGAGUCGCGCGUGCUGCUACGAAUCGCAUUCACAUGCUAAUUUAAUACUAGGGCUGGACCGCUCGCAGUACAGCAGCAUGAAGUGGACGCACGAGCAUUUUACGGGACUCGACUGGGACCACAGGACACGCACGAAGGGUGUUUACCGUAUCACAAGCGACAAACACAAGGGAUGGUCCAAAUGGGUUGACUCCGAGAACGGCAACUACGACUAUCUCCUAGGCAUAGACAUAGACCACAGGCAUCCUGACGUACGUCAAGAUCUUCUCGAGUGGGGCAGCUGGGUUCUCAAGACUACUGGCGGUGCAGGCUUCCGGUUUGAUGCCAUAAAGCAUAUGGACAGGCGAUUCUUGCUUAGCUUUAUCAAGCAUGUCCGGCAAACUCUCGGGCGCGACGACCUAUUCUCAGUCGCGGAAUAUUGGUCAAGCGACCUCGAGUUGAUCAAGCCGUACAUCCGCGUCUUCGAAGGGCUGGUCACGUUCUUCGACGUCCCGCUGCACUACAACUUCCACAACGCCAGCAAGGCCGGCUCUGCGUACGACCUAAGGCGCCUCCUUGACGGCAGCGUCCUCCAGUUCCGUCCAGACGACGCCGUGACCUUUGUCGACAACCACGACACGCCCCCCGGAUCAUCUGACGCUUCCCAGGUCGGACCCAAUUUCAAGCUCCAGGCGUACGCAGUCAUUCUUCUCUACGGCUCCGGCCAGCCCUGCGUCUUCUACGGCGACCUCUACCCGAACAAGGAGCCCGAGUGCUACGACCCGGACACCGCCGCAGGCGUCAAGCGCCUCAUCGCCGCGCGCCGGCUCUUCGCCUACGGCGCGCGCACCGACUGCCUGCGCGCGGAGCGCAACUGCGUCGGCUUCGUCCGCGCGGGCGCGCCCGCGCCCGCGGACGGGCAGGGGAAGCGCGCCAGGCCGGGCUGCGUCGUGCUCAUCAGCAACGCCGACGCGCCCGCGGUGCCAGAAGCGGCAGGAGCGACUAGCGGGGCCGCAGCGGAAGGGGAGCAGAAGCACACGAUACGCGUGUCUGUGGGCUCGGCGAACGCCGGCGCGACGUAUCGAGCGUAUGCACCUGUCUCCUCGCACGACGAGAUGGUGCGGGUCGACGGCGACGGCUGGGGCGCGUUCACCUGUCCUCAUGGCGGGUUGCGGGUGUGGGUCAGGGAAGAGGACUUGCCGGAGGAGCCGGAGAGCGCGUAG